GCGCUUGGGGCUAGCCAGGUGUACCCGCCCUGCGUCUCUCGGGCUUAGGAACGGACCAGCCACCAGAGACUGGAGAGGAGCGAGGCAAGGGACAGGAAGGUCAUCCCGAUCCCAGCCUCGCUCCCCUGGCACGUCUGGGCUCGGCGAUUGCAGGGGACCAGACAGCUCGGCCACACUGCCUGGGCUCCGCCGCGCGCCCGCGCCGCACCGAGCCGACUCGGAGGCGCCGCCGCGAGCUUGCGGGCGCAGCCUAAGAAGAGGCCGACGUGUGGAAGUUGCAUUCUGGACAGCCCCGGCUGUGAUGCUGAAGAGCUCCGAGCCAGCGCUCGGCCGAGCCUCCCGCCGGGAUCCCGGGCAGAGACCGCCCCCCGACCCGGCCGCUGACAUUUAGUCUGCACUGCUCAAGGGCGGCCGGCGUCUCUGCUGCCCCAGUUGCGGCCCCUCUGCACCUCUAGGAGGGACUGGGGUCGUGGCGGGCUGCCCACACACACACCGGGGAUCUGCAAGCCUGGGGCCUGGAUUCCCAUCAGAGACUCACACUGACUGGUGGGGCCUGUGAAGGGCAAAGGAUGGCAGUCACUGACGUCACUCCGGCUCCUUUUGUGUAUAUUCCCUACUGAGAGUGAGAAUCACUUGUCCCUCUCUGAGGAAGGAAACUGCCUGCCGCGAUUUACCAAGACAAGAAGUAAUCCUCUGUGAUCACAAGAUGAUUCAGGUGCUAUCCUUGCCAAUCAGGACAGGCUGCUGGACUAGCAAGCCGCAAGGAUCCAACCAUGUCCAUGAUGGAUCCUGCAGCUGCCCAGCUGGAGAAGCAGCAUGUGCAUGAUGUGUAUGAGAGCACAGCCCCCUACUUCAGUGACCUGCAGAACAAAGCUUGGCCACGAGUCCGCCAAUUCCUGCAGGACCAGAAGCCAGGCAGCCUCAUUGCUGACAUUGGUUGUGGAACUGGGAAGUAUCUUAAAGUGAAUAGCCAAGUGCAUACCCUGGGCUGUGACUACUGUGGGCCUCUGGUAGAGAUUGCCCGGAAUAGAGGGGGUGAAGUCAUGGUAUGUGACAACCUUAAUCUCCCCUUUAGAGACCAGGGCUUCGAUGCUAUCAUCUCCAUAGGAGUCAUACAUCAUUUUUCUACAAGACAAAGAAGAAUUCGAGCAAUAAAGGAAAUGGCCAGGGUCUUAGCUCCUGGAGGCCAACUGAUGAUUUACGUUUGGGCGAUGGAACAGAAGAAUCGACACUUCGAGAAGCAGGAUGUGCUGGUGCCAUGGAACCGUGCUCUCUGCUCCCGGCGGCUCUCAGAAUCCCACCAGUCCUGGGGGCAUCCGUGUGGGCAUCCCAUGAGCCAAGGCCACCAGGGCCCUGGCUCCGCGUGCGGCUGCGCAGUGUGUUUUCAGGGCAGGUGCGAUUCCAAGCGGUCCCACAGCAUGGACGACGGGCCUGCAAUGGCAAGAACCUGCUGUGAAGAUGUUUCGAAGGAAGGCGAGGAAGCGAAUGGAUUGUAUAACAAUUUUGGAAAAUCUUUCCGCGCCUGGUUUUUCUCCAGGUCUUUGGAUGAAUCAACCCUGAGGAAGCAAACUCAAAGAACCAGACCCAUGAAAAUCACGGAGGGCUGGGCCAAUAGCACUGUGUCCCGUCAGCCUUCCAGACACCCCAGCUUAGACUUACAUCCUCAGGAGACGGUUUCAACAAAAGAACCAAAUUUAGAUGAGGUGUUUGGAGACACAUCUUUUCAAAGACACUUGGGCUGGCUGGAAGCACCGGGCACUUCAGAGAACUUCAGUGGAUACCGGGGAGGAGAGGGCAGGAGGAAGGAGGGCAGCGAUUUUCUGGACAUGGCUGACACCAGAGACAGUGUGGCUGCAGACAACGUCAUUGAUCCUUCUGCCAGAAAAAUAUUAAGGAGAGUUUCUGCAUUCGACCCUACAGAUUCCAAACCAGAAGGCCCAAGCUACACAGAGGAGCAGCAGGAUGCUCCGGAUUCCAGGGCCUUCAUGCGCUACUACCAUGUGUUCCGGGAAGGUGAGCUGUCCGGACUACUGCAGGAGAGUGUGUCUGAGCUGCAAGUUCUGAGUGCCGGCAAUGACCAUGGUAACUGGUGCAUCAUCGCAGAGAAAAGGGAGAGCGAGGAAUAACUACACCACUUGGGUCAGGUGGCCCAUUAUCUGUCCACUGGGGUUGAUGUGGGCACCUGAAUCAGCAUCCUGUUUCAUUGUUUUCAAAUCCAGGUACGAGAUAGUUCUUGGACACUUUGACCUGAUCCUCUGAGCAGUUGAGUAAGCACAGAACCUGGAGCUUACUGGAUCCACCACAGGAAAUGUCUGCUGAAAUAUCAAUAAAAGGAUCUGAGGAAGCAAUAGAAAAUGUACUUCAGUACAGGCUUGGUAUUAUUGCUCCCAGAGAUGAAAAUAUUAUAAUAAGUAUAUGUUGAGUGUCAGUAUUAUCUUUUGGUUUUUAAAUAUUCUACUGUUAAAUAUCUUUUAGAAGGAGUUUUUUAAUAUAUAUAAACUACGCUGGUUCUCAGGGCAUUACUUAGAUCUGCGUGAAAGGUAACAAGGACACCUGUUUGGCUGCUGGAUUGCAUUUGUUGAGGCUUGCUGUGGGGAUGUCUUGUUUUCAGGCUUUGCAUCUAUCUACUCCAAGCCUUCAGAGAUGUUCAUACGGUGCAGAGAAACACAAGUAUUGCCCAGACUUUCUAAAUCACAUGCAAACGUCCUUCAGGAUGAUCAUUGUAAAUAAUACCGUCUUCUGUGUUGCUCCAAAGGUUUUUAAAGGCACUGUUAGCAGAGGGUGUGGCUUUGUCUUUGAGCAGGCAGCUGACAUGCAUGCCCAAGAAUCAGCAUCCAUGCACACACAGAUAGAGGAAAAAGAAUAAGAACACUGUUAGUAUGCAGAGACCAUUACAUGGGUGGGAGAUGUUAUCAGUCUUCUGGUGGCAUUUCCCCCAAAGAUAUUAGAAGCAUAAAUAUCCUACUGAGAUAGUGCCAAAAUUAACCAAAGAGUUUUUGACUAGGAAGUGCUUGUCUGAGAUAUCUGAGAGUCUAAUUAGACCAGUUUUACUUUGGCUGUGAGGGGAGAUUUGAAGAGUCCUGUGUAUUUAGCCUUGGUGGACACAUAACUGGGGUUUGUUGCAUGCCCAGGCAUUUACUCUUAAAGGUGACCACAUUAGAUUUAUUGUACCAAUGAUCUAGACAGAAUCAAAACUUACUUACAGGUUGAAUUUCUGGUACUCUAUAGAGCAGUGAUUAGACUGGGCACUAUUGCUGCUUUUAUUUAGAUUUAACCUCAGGUCUGUUUAAUUCUACGUCAUGGAUCCCCAAGGAACAGUUUAUGACAUAAGUAGGGACCAGACUUGAGAGAAACAAAAAAUAAGUUAGCCAAGGAAUACGGUUCCAGAUCACCCUUUAAUAAGCAGAAAAUCCAAUAGUCAUCAUACUUUCUGGACCAAUAUAAUAAUGGAUAUUGGAUUAAAAUCCAAUCUUCAUUUUAUUUUUUUUCCACUACAAUAUUAACAAAAAUUGUAAUGGAUCACAUUUAUUUGGUGUUUACCCUCUUCAGGGAUUUUGCUAGAACUGAACGGAACAAAGCCACUUUGGAAGAAAAUUCAAAGAUGGUUUCAAAGCGGUAUUGGGGAAAUCACUGAGGCUCUUCAUGCUCCAAAGUCAGAUGGCCUCACCCAUGAUGUGGAAGUGGUACAUGGGAUUUGCACUUUUCAAUGCAUGUUUUGUACAGGCAACAAUGACAAUAGACAUGGGGUUAAGGUAGAACGCAGAAUUUAAGGGAGUGUGCCUUCCGUUUUUUCAAAUUAAAACAUUAAACUGCAUGGACAGGUGGCUUCCUGGGAGAAACGGUAACUCCAAACUAGUACUGGUGACCACUUGUGGUCACCUCCCCACCCCAGGUCUGAUGUCAUUACCCUCAUUAGUCUUUGUUGCUAGACACCUGAGCUUGACAUCACCUCUCUCUGGUUGGAACAUGCCACUUAAAGGUCAUUAUAUGGAACUCAGUGCAUUAGGGCGUGACAGGGUGGCUUGCCAGCUAAUGUGUCUGAGCGAGCUCAUAAAAUAAACAUACACGCCACUUUGUAGUAAAAGGCCUUUGGAAUGGUUAUUGGGAGAGAGAGAUUUUCAUGCAACGUUGACAGAGCUGUAAACAUGAAUAAUAGCAAUCUUGUCUGUAAAGCACAAGAAUUCUAUGCACCCAGAUGUUAUAUUGUAUAUUCAGCAAAACUAGUGAGUGGGUACCACUCUUGGGGGGGGGGGGGGGAGGGGGUUCCUUGUGAAAAGCACUAUUACAUUCAAUUUUUGCCUUUUGAUGAUAAAAAGCCAUUGCAAACUCAUGUAAAUAUCUUGACCGUGCAAAAGCUUACUCAUCUUCAUGGCCAUCCUCAGAGAGAAACACAAGUCAUAAAUGAGUCUAACUGGAGACAGUGUGUGUCCAUCAGCCUUAAGCAGCUUGUGUGUAGAUUCCACUGAUCUGCCUGACAUGAUCUGCAAACCUUCUCCACUGCUCAUAGGCAAGAUGAUAUUUUCCUAGUUCCUCCCUGAUGUCAGCACAGAGUCCCCCUGUCUGACAUGGAAGAGAAAGUUCAGGGAAGUUCUUAGAGAAUCCUUAAAGGUAAGACUAGUGGUGCCUCACUGGCUUGCAAGGGAACUUGGUGUAAACAGACAAAUGCCUUGACAUAGACAGAAGAUGCAAUCAAGGUGAUAUUUUCCCAGAAGCCAAGGGAUGGGUUAGUUUCUCUGGGUUAUUAGGUUUUGGAGGGUUUUUGUUGUAUGGUUUUGUUUCGUUUGCUUAUUGGCAGAGUGAAAAAAUUGGACCGGUGUGCUGUGGUAACUACAGACCAGCUGUACACAACACUGUCAGGUGGAUUUGGUCCUUCCCUCUUACUGUACGUCCCCGUAUGCUCCAUCACUCAUUCCUGUUUCUAGUUUUCCCCAUCUUCUCCAUCCUGAUCCUAGAUACCAAAGAUGCCUGUGUGUUUAACUGACCUUCACUGGAGUUGGCAGAAAUGGAAGGCAGGCCAGAUGGGAAAGUAUCCAAAUGUAAAUCAGGAAUGUGAAUGUACUUGUAUACUACUUGCCACCAGACAAAUGAACAUUGGUGGGUCUUUCAAAUAUGUAGGCUCCCAGGAGAACAGAAAAUGGAACUCUAGUUGUACCUGGUAUGGGAGAAAUGCCUUAAAAUGAGGUGUGAGGGGCUGGAGGUGUGGCUUAGUGACUUAGGGUGCUUGCUGUUCCUGCAGAGGACCUGAGAUUGGUUCCUAGUACCCAGGUUGGGCAGCUCAUAAAUGCCUCUUCGGGACUCCAAGGGCACCUGCAGUCACACUCACAACACACACACACACACACACA